AUGGCCACUUUUGUUCCUUCUUCAUCCAUUUUACGACCAACGUUGAUUCGGUGCACCAACGAGCGCCGGGCGCUGUUUAGCCGCAUUGCUCCUGUCUAUGAUAACCUGAAUGACUUGCUGAGCCUCGGGCAACACCGUGUUUGGAAGCGGAUGGCUGUGUCGUGGACUGGGGCGAAAUCGGGAGACCGUGUGUUGGAUGUGUGCUGCGGAAGUGGGGAUUUGUCAUUUCUCUUGUCCGACAAAGUAGGCUGCGAUGGCAAGGUGAUUGGUCUUGAUUUCUCAAAGGAUCAGCUAUCGGUAACUUCAUCCCGGCAGCAGUUGCUUUCAAAGAAGUGCUUCACGAAUAUUGAGUGA